AUGAGAAAAGGAGCUCAUGCCUAUUAUGGAAAGGAUGGACGUUGUGGAUGGUUUAACACAACAACAAAAAAAUAUGAACAGCCAAAAUUAAAAUAUCCAAAUGCUUUUAAACCAGCCGAUGAAGAUAAUAAUGAAUAUAAAAUGGAGGCAGAACGUUUUUGCCUGUUCCAAUUCCAUCAAGUUGCUAUGCAGCCACUCUGUGGAGAUGAAUGGUAUUCACAAAUUAAAUAUUGUGCUAUGGUAGACUUUUACAAAAAUCAAAACCCCUAUCAAGUCAAAAUUGGAGAUCCCCCGUCGGGUAAAAUAUUAAAAACACUUUUUAAUUAUAAUAAAUUAAAAAAUAUUUAUGAAAAUUUGAAAAUAUUUGCAAGACUUGAGACAGAUUAA